AUGCUCCCCCAUUCCCACCCAGAACAGAAACGCUGGGAAAGUCCCGGCGGCUGGGGUGCACGUCACAUGAAUGACAUGGCGCCGUUCACGCUUUGGGACGAGCAAAACCACAAGUUCCGCUAUCCCUCACGUCAGGACUGGACCUGGAUCCGUAUUGCUGUUCUUACUGCCAUCGCGCCACUUGCUCGUGUGAGAGCCGCUAUUUUUCUCCCUGCUUGGACUAUCUUCGAACUUGAGUUUGGAGAUGGCCGGAGCUACGAAAAGCAAUCCCUUCCCGGGGUCGUGGCAGGCCGAACAGCACUCUACCACCAUGGAUAUGAACCGUUUUCGAUCACCAUGAGAAGCCUUACCCCCCCCCUCCCUCGCUUUAUUGGCCCAUCCCUACGGUUGGCUCUUACACCAGGGUGUAGAAUCGAGAGUGGUUUGGGGCUAUCGGGUGCUCCAGCCGAAUUCACAAACGCUGCAACCACGUGUGGUAUCAAAAUUCGGAAUCUUGCGGGCGAAGAGAUGCUGACAGUCGCCAAUCAUGAUUUUCUCUCAUCAAAGGAAGUAUACCACCCAUUUGUGAAUGGAGAUCUUGUCGGCGACAUCAUCGAUACCCGGCCUGAGCUUGACAUCGCUCUCGUCAAGCUAACACCCGCUGCCUCAUCUAGCUUCACUAAUUCCUGCUACUUUCAAGCCGAACCACCUACUCGCCUCCUAGAAAUGUCCCAAAUCUCCCAAGGCUCAUGGAGUGAAGUGGAUGGCGUGAGUUCAGGGCUCUUUAGCAUGAUGAAUAUCGGCAUCCAAACCAUGCAACCGAAACGUCCAGCCGGUCAUCCCGAAAUCGAAUUUUCAGAAUGGGAUACCAGAUCGGUGGAUCUCCUUUUUGGAAAUGUUACUAUGGCUAUCUCUGAUGGUGUGUGCGGCGCCCCAAUCGUAGACGCUGAAUCAGGUGGGGUGUCCCGCUUUUUCCAUCUGAGUGAUGGGGUCUUUUCUUAUAGUGCUGUCCUUGAUGAUCUGGUGGCUGAGGGAUGGGUAGUAGUGUGA